AUGUCGUCCAGUCUAGGAGAGAGAGAAAAUGGAAUAAUUGUUGCAGAGGCCACAAGCCUGAUCAUCCUGAAUGUGGUGUCCUUGGUCGGUAAUUUUCUCAUAUGCUGGACUGUGUAUCGCAGCAAGAGUCUCCGUACCACAACCAAUCUUUACAUCGUUGCUUUAGCUGUGGGUGAUCUCAGCUCAGCCAUAUUUGUGAUGCCAAUUUCAUCUGCGGUAUUGAUUACAGGAGACUGGCGGUUCAGUGAUUUUUAUUGUAACAUUCAGGGUUUUUUCGUCGUACUGAACAUAUAUGUCUCACCUUGCCUGAUGGCUUUAACAGCUUUCAACCGAUACGUAAGAAUUGUGAGGACAAACAUGUACCCCAAACUUUUCUCCAUGAGGAAAAGCAAAAUUUGGAUCAUAGCUGUGUGGUGUAUUGCGAUCGCGUACAUCUUGAUACAGGUAUUCGCGGGAAACCAGGCCAUCCGAUUCGUUCCUGGCUACGCUGUUUGUUCCACGACUCAUCUCAAAGAGACGCAAAAGAUCGUUCAUUACAGCAUUGUUAUCUCCGUUUUUGUCGUGGCUCCCAUUGUUAUCACAUCAUUCUGUUACUACAAGAUUUUCCGAACCAUUAAGCUGCAUAACAAGAAUGUAAUGCCGUCGUUACAAGCGAGCAGCAAUAAUUUCUCUCGAGUGAAAAUCUCCAGGCGUGAGUUGAAGAUCAGCAUGUCCUUAUUUGUCGUGGUAAUAGUGUUUGCAUUCUGCUGGAUCCCGCUAUGGAUUUUGGCUCUACUGUUUCGCUUCAAACUCGUUGAUAGUCUUCCAAGAAACGUGGCUUUGUUCGUCAGUUUCUUAGUGUUUUUCUCUUCCACUAUAAAUCCAUUCAUUUAUGCUGGUAUGAACAGGUCUUUCCGACGUGAGAUCCGUCAUAUCUGUUUGCCAGCGAGUAAGCAAGAAUCAGUCUCAGAGCGAACACGACCAAGUGGAAAAACCGAUGAGGAGUUAGAUGAGCCAAACCAAAGGCGUCUAAAUGAAGUGGAACUGCAAGUUAAAGCCGCCUAUAGUGGAAAUACUGAUUAGCCGAUGAACAGAAUUUUAUUCUUUGGAAAAAAAGAAUACUUCAUCUUUGAUAACGUGCUUAGAAAAAGAAUUUGUUCAUUUUCCAUCAUGUUGAUUAAUUGACUGGUCAUGCAAAAUGAACUCUACUCUACAUUAACACCUAUCGGAAUAAAACGGGAGAAAUGUCUUAGAGAAUGGCCGUCAUAAUUAUAUAUUAUAUAUUAGUCACAAAAAAUAACAAAUAGGUCAUUGCAUAUAAGGUAAAAAAAAUUUAUGAAGGAUAAUUUUCCAUAAAUCAGAACUCGAGAUCUUGUGUUGCAUUGUUCAGCUGAUUUGAACUCAAACAACCAUACAAUUGACUCUUUUGGAAUCAUAUUAGUGAGCAUAUUCAAUUCAGUCGGACAAGCGAACAUGAUGAACGUAUUUCUAAACUGCUCAGAUUUAAUAUAAGGACCAAUCAAAAUGCGAAUAGAACUCAUCACAUCACGUGCGGGUCAACCUUCAUUCUAAACCGACGUAGCAUAUCAAUAUAAAUCAGUAUUUUACAUUGUGCACUAAAAACAUCACUAGGAAUAAAGAAAGUAUUUACCCUUAAGGUUUUUUGCAUGGCAGGAGUAACUGAACCCUGACGAUCUGUUGCCAGGGUGAUUUUAGUAAGUAAGAGUUAUACUAGAUAUUAAUAACCAGGUAUUAUCUGAACAUCUGUAUUUAUCUAUAUUCAUUGUUUAUAAAUCUGAUUGGCUCCAACAUGAUUUUAAUUAUUCAGUUUACAUUUCAGUUAGGAGGUUGCCGCGAUGUUUAGUUCAUGUAAUAAACCAAAAUUAUUUAGAGAGUCCAGUACUAAUGAUAAUUUGAAAGUUCAGUCUAUUGCAAUUUCUCGAACUCGCGGGUGAAAUAUUAAGAUCGUUAAUGCAUGUAAUAACUGUUUCUUUUAUUUGUACUUUUUACGAUUUUAACCUUAACAAUGUAGAUCAUAGGAUGAUAAGCAAACUCUCCUCUGAGUAAAACUUAUAAAUUAGAUUUUCCCUUAAAGACAACGAAAUAAUUUUAAAAAUUGAUAUUAAAAAAAAAACGGUGAAAGGAUGCAAGAUGAUCUGCCGACUAUAUAUCAUGUUACAAAACUAGGACUGCACGCGGCUCAUUGAGUUUUACCGCUGGCGCUCAUUAUUUUCUCGUAGUAUGAUAAUCCGAUCAAGGUUCGUAAUAACAGGAUGUUCUCCAGCAGCAAUGGAGACCAAACAAUAUGGUUCGAUUAAAGUUUACAUUUUAUUCUAACCGACAACUUAGGUUAUUACGCUCUACUCGCACGGAAUUUUCAAAAGUUAAGACCUUUUUUUCCAUGAGAGAAUGUAAAGCGUGACCGACAUCAUUUAGGAAUAGCAUUUUCCAUCAGAACGAGCAAUCGGAUGAGGAAGAGAAAAACUGCCGGAAACGGAUUUAGGCCCCUACGGGAUUUGAAACCAUGACUUAUGCGAUACCGAUGCAGCGUAUUACCAACUGCGCUGCACCCGUAUCGCAAAGGUCAUGGGUUCAAAUCCCAUACGGGCCUUAAUUUUUUUCAGGCCUUAUUUCCAUUACUACUUAAGUAGUGUUCAUUACCGCCAGGAUCGCUUUCAUAUUCGUUUAUUCAAUCUCAGUUCACAUAUUGAUUUUCAUUUAUUUACAGUCAUUUAUUCUGCCGGAAAAGGGUUCACAGUAAACUGAAAACCUUCGUUAUCUUUGAGCAGCAAGUUAUAAAACACCUUUAGGUAAAUCAUUCGGUAUAGCCCUAAGGAAUGAAGGAAAGCGUAGAAACAACAGCGCUGCAAUUGCACUGAGAAAUAUGAGUGAGAAUUUUCCCACGUGGAUAGAAAACAUGCGGGUUCUUGAUGGUAUAUUCUUGCAAGCGCAAGAGUUGAUAUGUACAUUAGAAAUAUACAAUAAACUUUACACGAUUUAAGGUGGUUUCGAGUGUAAUGACGUUCCCUUUUUUGCAUUACAAACGGGGUCCUCUAUUGCCUACAAGAAUAGGAACAAGUUUCCACAUCCUUCUUAUAAACUGGCCGAUUUUUGACAAAUACAUUUUAUUGACAGCCGAAGACAGAUUCCUUGUCAGAAUAAAUGCCUUACUGAAUGGGAGGGUUUUAUCUGUCCACAUUUAUCAAAAAAAAUAUUUGCAAAUACCUUGGGCGAUUCAUGGGGUCUUUCAAAAUCGUACGGAUUAAGGAAAAAAGCUCUAAAUUUCCAAAGGUGGAAGGAGCCUUAAGAUUAAGUUAAAAUUACCCAGGUUGAUUAUCAUUGUUAUGCGAUUUUUGGUAGCUGUUCGGAGCGCGCAUUUAAAUAAAUCUUGAUCCUCAAAUGAAAACAAGCUGUUUCCAGAUUAAACUCAAGUCCCAUAAAAGGAUUACAACUGGGGAUUUCAAAAACAUUCCAUACAGAAAAUCUUACCACGUCGAGAUAAUUUUUGCCAGUUUUUUUUACCGAUAGCUAUAGUUGUUUGCUUUUUUGUUUCACUAAGACAAAUAUUGGCCUGCUAUGCCGGAUAAGACCUUAUCCUUCUAAAAAACGGAAUCCUAAUUCCGUGCCAGUUAUCCAUGAUACCAAAAAUGUUUUCAAUUUUUUUUGUCUUUAAGCUUUUACCGGUAAAACUGAAAAUAAAAGUAAUCAGGGGUUUUUCUAGGCAGAGGCAUUUAGGACCAUGAUUGGAAAGAUUGUCCUACUUAUUGAAUUAUCCAUGUAUUCAUCAGUUUUAGAGCAGGAAAAAUAGAUGAUUCGUUCUAGUCAGUUACGAUGGUUUUACGAUCCGUGAUGUACUUUGCAUAAAAACCUACGGCCAAAUUGUAGAUUAAAAACAUGAUUAACAUUGUCCACUGUUUUAAAUUCAUUAUUUGUCAUUUCUUUUUUCAAUAAAAGGGCAGUUCAGACAUUUUACUGAAAUAAUUUUCGGUUCACAAACUACAAAUACAUGGGUAAGGAAAUGCUAUUGUCUGCUAAAUACUCGUUGGUACAAUAAUAGUUAUUUCUUGCUAAUGACUUGUAUGCUUUUUUGAACUAAUGAAUGACAUUAAAGAUCAAGUAUUCGGCUCGUUUGUUUCAUUAGGGAGUGUCCAGUGGCCGAACGUUGAAACAGUAGGUUCUAAUGCUUAUAAUGGAUUUGAAUAACAUAGAUAUCAUAGCCUUUGCUUUGUCAUUUUAGAUGAAGGAUUUGAGCUCUUACCGAGUCGAAUGACAUAUUUAUCAGUAACAAAGGUUUUUUCUCUAAAUUUUGGGUAAUUUUUGUCCUCAUUGGUAUAAACAAGUUUGGAUUUUAACGUAAACGUAAAUUGUGCCAUCGAUUUCUUAUCAUGACGGCUUGUUGCUUAAUUUUGAAUUAAUUUAUUUCACAACAUAAUGUACUAAAUAGAGAGCGAUAAAACCCACAAUGAAAAAGCUAUAUAUAUAUAUUAUUCAACUUACAAGGAAACCGACAUUGGAAGGAACUUGCGGAAUAUUUAGUUGUCAUAGUUAUCAUCAAUCGACUCUGAUGAAGCAGGAGACAAAAGGAGGAUCACUGAUUAGCAUCAGCCGACCCAUGUAUUUGUAUUAACAAUCUCCAAAUUGAAUUUAUUUGCUUUUCGAGGCCAGUUGAUGAAAAAAACAAAAAUCAUUGCAGAUGUAUUGCACCUCAGUAACUGCGCGCAGCGUGGUGUUUACAGAUUUUACACGGCCUAGAAAAACAUAAAUUCGUGUUUCUCUGUUGGAAACUUGUUUUGUAUUGAUGGCUGUUUCUGUGACAAUAAGAGGAAAGGAAACAUUUUGAGAGCAAUGUUUUCCAGCUGUUGAAAAUGAAAGAGAAAAAGGACAAAAGAAAAUAGCAACGCGUCAAAAGCUGCUCUGUAAAUGGACAUUACUAUUGGAUGAAAUUGAAAUAAGCUUUAAUUAACGUAAGGCUUGAGCCACAAAUUAACAUAUAUUUUGAAACAAAAUUAAAGCAUAUUUACAGUACAAAACGUGUUUCCCUGAUAAAGCUGAAGGGGAAUAUUUGUUUUCACUUAGUUUAGGCACAGGCUCGACACGAGUCUAAACAGCCGUCGUGAUUUCUUUUUUGCUCCACAGCGCUUCAAGACCAGCGAAAUCGAAUGAGGACUAAAAUACGUAGCUAACUCUGCGUUUGAUCAGAUCAAAAGUUUCGCUAUACAGGGUAUUAGUUUGAGGAAAAUCACGUUAACGUGGCUGGAAAACUGGAACUAAUGGAGAAAAACCAGUCAUGUGAUGGCAAUUUGACUGCUAUCUUUAGGAGGGAGGCCAACAAAACCGGUGAAGAUUUGCCCGAACUCGGCUUAGAUUACAGCGUGCCUUUGACAGUGAUAGGCUUCGCUGUUUUGGUUUCAAACGGGCUUGUUUGUAUACUUUUCUGUCGGUUCCGUGCCCUCCGAACGAUAACAAAUACUUUUAUUGUCAGCCUGGCGAUAAGCGAUCUUAUGGUGGCCACGGUUUUCAUCCCGACUUAUCUAGCUGGUCUGGCAGUCAAUCCCUAUAUUAUUGCCUACAUUCUGUUUGCAUAUCUGUUUAAUUUCUGUGGCAUUACUUGGGACAGGUACCAAGCCGUUCUUAAUCCUCUCAUGUACAGGUCAGUGGUAACACGCGCGAUCGUCUACAAAAUCUUGGCCCUGGUGUGGACUAUACCCCUCUUAUUAGCGAUCAUACCAAUUUUCUGGGAGUAUCGGAACGGUGUUAAAUUACUGGCCGGUCGUAUUUACCAAGGAAUCUUGGUUGCUCUGGUCACUCUGUGUUCAGCGUCUAUCUGCUGGGCAUAUGGAAAGAUUUUUGGUGCCACGCGACGUCAAGUAAAACAAAUGAUUGAAAUGCACGAAACAAACGCACGAUUUGAACACAGUGUUCUCCCAGACAGACAAUCAGGGCGAUCAAUGAGAAAGAGGCGGUCAAUUACCAUUUCCAACGAAGUGAAAGCGGCCAAAGUUUUUGCUCUUGUAGGAGGAACCUUUGCAGUAUGCUGGCUUCCUUUGAUAAUUAUUAAUGUGUUUUCCGCACUAGAUUAUUCCCACAUAAUUCCGAAUGUAUUUCUUGAUGUCUCCCUUUAUUCACUGGUAGGAAACGCUUUAGCCGACCCUCUAAUUUAUUCAUUUUACAAGUCGGACUAUAGGCGAGCCUUUAAGCGAUUUUUUUGUGGUAAAAAACCAGAUCAUGAUAAAUUUGGGAAUUCAAUCACCACAAGGAAUUCUGUGCUGACAGAAGAAAACAGUGAUAAAAUAGACGAAAAUCUUAUCUAA